AUGUACAGCCUUGGAAACCGGUGGAUGAAUCUGCAGCAACUUCACGGCAACGAGUCUGAAAGAAUCUUCAGGAAUGCUGCGGGGAUGGUGGUGAGAGCUGAAUGUUACUACUUGCCCCACAACGUGGUUGUCUGCUUCUGUGUAGAUUACCUCAUGUGUGUCGAGCAAGACAGACUGGGCCAAGCAUUUGAAGAUGCUUUUGACAUACUGAGGCAACAUUCAGCUGGCAGCCUUCAGUACUCCCCAGAUUAUAAAAAUUGCCUGUCUGUCAUGAAUCAUUACCCUCACGUCAGAGCAAACUCCAGCUGCUAUGGCAUGCUGCCCACAGAGGAACCCGUCUAUAACUGGAGAACCUUAAUGAACAGUGCUGCAGAUUGCUGUUUAGAAGGGAAUAUUCAUCCAUCUCUGCAGAAUCCUAAUGAGAACCAUCUAGUCCAAGCUGCUGUUCUCCAGCAAAAGGGAGGAAAAGGCAGGAAGAAACUCCGACUGUUUGAAUACCUUUAUGAAUCCCUGUGUAACCCCGAGAUGGCAUCUUGUAUCCAGUGGAUAGACAGGAGCAAAGGCAUCUUUCAGUUUAUAUCCAAAAACAAAGAGCUACUCGCAGAACUCUGGGGGAAAAGAAAAGGCAAUCGGAAGACCAUGACCUACCAGAAAAUGGCCAGGGCACUGAGGAAUUAUGGGAGAACUGGGGAAAUCAUGAAAAUCCGGAGAAAGCUGACUUACCAGUUCAGCGAGGCCCUUCUCCAAAGAUUCUCUUCGUCUUUUUUGAAAAAGGAGAUCUUAUACUCUCCUUACUUCCAAGGUAGUCAUGACCAUCACAGUCUAAACAACUGGAAUGCAAGUUACAAUCACACAUUUGCCAAUUACCAUGAGAUUGACUCAUCCUGA